AUGGCGAAGCGGGAGGAGCGGCCCCCCGUACAGCUGCCGCGGGUCCUGGUGGCGGAACGCACCGGGCUGGCGCUCAGCGACGAAGUGGCGGCGUUGUUGGUUGAGCACGUUUGCUACCGGCUGCGGGAGGCCACGCAGAACAGCUCCCAGUUCAGGAAACACACGCGGCGGCGGAGACUCACGGUGGAGGAUUUUAACCAGGCGCUGCGCUGGAGCAACGUGGAGGUGAGCGGCCCGGAUUGGCAGGGUCGGGGACAUGGGGACAUUGGUGGGGACACCAGUGGCGUUGGGGACACCGUCCCCAGCGCAGUGUCCACGCUGAGCGACAACCUCCUCAGGUACUACCACCACGUCACCUGUGCCGUGCUGGGCGACGAUGCACAGCUCAUGAAGGACCAGCAGAACAACGCCAAGAUCACCGCCUUCCUGCCGUGUUUCGUCUAUGCAGCCAAGCAGGGUGAGUGCGGGGUCAAAUCCAUCAGCCAUGACCUCCCUCAGCUUCACCUCGUCCUCCAUGUGGCCCACGGCCUCCUCCACAACCCCUUCCUGUUCCUGGGCCCCUACGUGCGCAGCCUGAGCUCCAGUGUCCUUUACUGCGUGCUGGAGCCGCUGGCUGCCUCCAUCAACCCGCUCAACGACCACUGGCCACUGCGCAGCUACUCUGCCAUGCUGCUCGGCCGUAUCUUCUGGACACACGGCGAGGCAGUGAGCGGCCUGUGCCAGUACAUCCUGCUGGCGCUGCACAAGGCGCUGGCCGACCCCGUGUGCCCGCUCUGCUCGCACUGCGGGCUGGGCUGGAAGGCGGUUGAGCGCGUGCUCUACCCGCACCUCCCUGCCUACUGGGCCAACCUACAGGCUGUGCUGGACGACUGCUCGGUGUCCAAUGCGCAGGCCAAGGCUGACAGGCACAAGGUGUACGGCGCUGUCCUGGUGGCGGUAGACCGGCUGCUGAAGAUGAAGGCGCAACUCGGCAUCCACCCCGACGGCACCAACACCGACGCGCCGCCCGAGGGUCCCACACUGUCCCUGCACUGCAUGUAUGCCGAGCUCGACUGCUUUGGCCAGAGCUUGGCCACGCGCUUCGGCACCGGCACCCCCGCCGUGCCACCCCCCGAUUGCAACCGCGGACCGCCCCCCGGGGCCGCGUGCAAGAUGCCGCAGCUGACGGUCAGUUCCACAGGGAGCCUGCGCAAUGAUGACGCCGUGACCGCACAGCUACCGCACAGACCCCGCGAGGCGCUGCAGCUCCACUUGCCGGACGUGUUCCCCAAGUACCGGUUGCUGUGCUUCAGCUUCGUGCUGGCGGGGCGGCAGGCCGGGUGGUGCUGCCAGGGCCGGCGCUUCCAGACCAGCUUCCCGCAGCACCACGGGCUGGGCCGCGGCUGCCACUACACGCAGAAGCUGCUGGCGAUCGGGCACAUGGCGGUGGCCAAGGGCCGAGUACUUGCUGCUGCUGCCGCUCGGAUCGCCAGCAUCACCAGAUCAUCAGCAUCCCUCGCUGAGAUCCCACCGAACGCUGUAGCGGAUCCACUGGUCAAUAAAUCCAGUCCGCCAAUGGCACCGAGGGCUCGUCACUGUGUCCGUCCCGUGACGUCAAGACGUGGUUGCCCAUGAGCAGAUUGUGGUUGCCCCAAUAAAUCUCGCUGUUUCCUA